AUGGAAUUAAACGAAAAGAUUUUACAUAGAUUAGAGAAGAAUGAUAAAGUAGAUACCUUACAGUUAGCUAGUGAAUUUAACGAGGACCACCAGAAAAUCGUUGGUGCAGUGAAGAGUUUAGAAGCUCUUGAGAUGGUCACCUCGGAGGCUACUAAGAAUACCCGAUGGGAACUGACGGAGGAAGGUCAGCAAGUGGCCGCCAAUGGCAGUCAUGAAGCGGUGUUGUACCGGAGUGUCCCAGAGUCCGGCAUAACUCAAGCUGAACUCAUGAAGAGUGCACCAAAUGCAAAAGUUGGUUUUAGUAAAGCAAUGUCAUCAGGAUGGAUAUUAAUAGACAAAUCAGGAGGAGCACCCCUUGUCAAACGUAAAGUUGAAACCAUCACGGACACAGUACAGGAACAUUUAAAUGAAAUUAAGAAGGGCAUAGACAAUCUAGCCGACAAUGUUAGGAAUGAUUACAAGAAGCGAAAGCUACUACAAGAAGUCACCAUUAAGAGUUUCAUGCUAUCAAAAGGUCCUCAAUUUGCUACUACUAUAAAGAAAUUAGAGACAGAUUUGACAACUGAAAUGCUUCUAAGUGGAUCAUGGAAGACAUUAGAAUUCAAACCAUACAAUUUUGAUGCAUUAGGACAGCCACCAGAAUGUGGACACCUCCAUCCGCUCUUGAAAGUCCGCUCCGAAUUCCGGGAGAUCUUCUUAGAGAUGGGAUUCACUGAAAUGCCAACCAAUCAAUACAUAGAAAGCUCAUUCUGGAACUUCGAUGCUCUGUUCCAACCCCAACAGCACCCUGCCCGAGAUGCCCAUGACACAUUCUUCAUAUUGGAUCCGGCUACCACCACAGAUUUUCCAAUGGACUAUUUGGAAAGGGUCAAGAAAGUUCACAGUGAAGGUGGCUAUGGUUCCCAGGGUUACCGCUACAAAUGGAAGAUAGAAGAAGCACAGAAGAACCUGCUCCGUACUCACACGACGGCGGUGAGCGCGCGAAUGCUCUACAAACUCGCGCAGCAGAAGGAAUUCACUCCGCAGAAGUAUUUCAGUAUUGAUAAGGUGUUCCGCAACGAAACAUUGGACGCGACUCAUCUAGCGGAGUUCCACCAAGUGGAAGGCGUGAUAGCGGGAAGAGGACUAGGACUGGCAGACUUGGUGGGGACUUUGGACGCUUUCUUCCGACGACUCGGCUUCGACCGGCUGCAAUUCAAGCCGGCGUACAACCCUUACACCGAGCCCAGUAUGGAGAUAUUCGCAUACCACACAGGGCUCGGCAAAUGGAUAGAGAUCGGUAACUCAGGAGUGUUCCGACCUGAAAUGUUGCUUCCCAUGGGUCUGCCAGAAGACGUGUCAGUAAUCGCUUGGGGUCUCUCCCUAGAGCGGCCUACGAUGAUCAAGUACGGCCUAGACAACAUCCGGGACUUGGUCGGACCGAAAGUGGACCUGCAAAUGGUCCAAACCAAUCCUAUAUGCAGACUUGAUAAAUAA